AUGCUCGAAAUUUCUCGGUUCAUGCAAGUGUCCCUCGAGCGAGACGACCCGCUGAACUGCUCUAGCUCGCGAGAGGGACUGAAGAAAACGUUACCGGCACUCGUGGAAGUCGGUGAUCAACAAGACGACAGGUGA